AAUUGAGAGUGAUAUGAAAGGAAACAUAUUAGGGGAACAAUUAGAAACGGGUUUGGAUGAUACUUUUAGUAAAAAUGAUUGGAAAAAUGAUGAGGUAAGUGAUUGGGAAAGUGAUACUAAUUUGGAAGUAGAACAAGAUAUGCAGGAUAGACUUUUGAAGGUGAAUUUUGGAUUGAAGUAG